CAGGGCAUUUGCGCCCAGAGACACCGCGCUGCGCCGAGACACUGCGCCGCAUGAGCCGCGCUGCCGGCCGCCAGGUCUCGCCGUACUGGGCCAGGUGAUGCCCCCAUGGGAGGCGGGCAGAGCUCCGGGAAGAGGAAGAAGAAGAGGCCGGCCGGAGCCGCCAAGAGUGACCUGGAGAAAGACCUGGCGCGCCAGAGCGGCUUCGACCUCUUCGAUGAUGAGGCAGACGAGCCUGAGGAGAUCGAUGAGGAUACCGACGAAGAGCCCGUGGCGAGAUCGGUAGCCCCUCCUUCUCAGCUCCUGUGUCUGGACAUCCAGUCUACAGUCGAGCUCACGGUGCGCUGCGAGGGCCUCCCUAGCAGCAGGCCCACCUUCGUAGUGAUAUAUUCCAAGUGGGCCAAAGACACCGAUUGGGUUGAGAUCGGAAUGACAGAGACCAACUCAAAAAAGACCUCCGACCCACAGUUCAAGAGGACCUUUUUGUUGGAGUUCCGUGUGGAGAUGACGCGUGAGUUGCGCUUCGAGGUCUUCCAUUCGCGGGGGAUGCACCCUCAAGAUCAGUUGGACGAGCACGAAUAUGUGGGCUGCGUGGAGACAAGCCUGGCAGAGGUAUUUGUCGCUCGAUCAGCAGGCCUUGGUCAGCCACUGGAGAAUCAUGGUUGGUUUGCGCAGCCGUUGGACAACCCCUUGAACUUCGCAGACGAGCAGAUGAAUUGGGCCGGCAUGCUUUGCGUCUAUGCGGAUGAGCUCGUGCGCAGCAAGCAGCUGAUAUCGUGGCAGAUGUCGGCCACAGGCAUCGUCUCCAGAGACAGGUGGAAGAGCUUCGGCCGAGGCAGCCCAGACGCCUACUGCGUGAUCCAGAAGUGCAAGUACCAGGUGCGCUCCGAUCAGGAGGACCCCGAGCUAGUGCUGGAGCCGGUCUACCGCACGGAGGUGUGCCGCAGGAGCAAGGCCCCCCAGUGGGACCGCUGCACGAUUCCCAUAGGCAGCUUGUUGCACAUGGACGAGCGAGAGCAUUUCGUCAUCGAGGUCUUCGAUUGGUUCCGCGUGUCGGAGGCGGAGUACAUCGGGGAGUGCUCGACGAACUACAAGGCCCUUCUCGCGCGGUUCAAGGACAGCAAGCCCAUCGUGCUGCAGCUGUCGGCGAAGGAGCACAAACAGCCGCAGGGCAUUCUUCGUCGUCUGCGCUCCGUGUCCAGACGCAGCACAAGAGGGAGAAGCACCAGCUUGCCAACCUCCCGGUCGCACUCGCGCUCUCCAGGACACACCCACUCGCCCGCGCCGUCCAUGAAGGCCAGCAAGGACGAGCCCAGGGGAAGCAUCGGCGGCUCCAGGUCCUCGUCGCGCCUCGGCGAGACGCGCAGCUCCUCGCGCCUCGACUUCCUCGAGGACCGCUCCGCCCCACGCAGCCGCAACAACUCGCGCACGCUGCCGGACCGCUCGCCGGCGGGCUCCAAGGAGCAGCCGAGGUCCACCUCGAGCGAGGCGGCGGGCAGCAAGGAUGCCACCACGCGCCGCCUUGCGGGCAACACCCUGGCUGUUCCGGGCGCGGGCAAGGCCUCCAAGCUGUCGGGCGGCUCCAAGCUUUCUAGCUCCUCAAAGCUGUCCGUCAGGAGCGCCCACAGUCAGAGGAGCGAGAAGAGCAAGGACUCCGACGGUAAGAGCAAGAAGUCGAAGCUGAGCACCAGAUCCGAGUCGAGAUCCAGCGGCAGUUCCAGCAAGGAUGGGAAGGAGAAGGAGAAGGCGGUGGGCUGGCUGACCCUCAACAAUGUCGGCAGCCUGCGCCGCUUCACUUUCCUGGACUACGUCCGGAGCGGCUUGCAAAUCCGGCUGGCGGUGGCGAUCGACUUCACCCGCUCCAACGCGAAGCGCGAGCCACACUGCCACGGCUUCGGCGGGACGCCUGGCACGAGCCCGUACGCCACGGCCAUGCGGGCAGUGGGCAAGGUGAUGUCGUGCUACGAUGUAGACGACAAGAUCCUUGCCUACGGCUUCGGCGCCAGGAUCCCACCCUCCCACACCGUCGUCUCGGACUGCUGGGCUUUGUCGGGGGACUACUUCGAGCCCGAGCUGGAGGGCAUCGACGAGGUGGUCACAAGCUACCAGCGGGCGCUGCAGAUCGUAGAGAUGCACGGCCCCACGCGCCUGAGUCCCGUGAUCAAGCUCGUGUCCAGCCUCGCCGAGCAAUACCACGAACCUCGGGAGCUGGCCAGAGACCCGAUGAUCUACUACCUGCUCGUUAUCGUUACGGACGGGCAGGUGAAGGACGAACUGGAAACUAUCAAUGCCAUCGUCGAGUCUGCCAACGUACCGAUGAGCACCGUCGUGAUCGGCAUGGGCCCCCACGAGGACCACUCCUUCCUCAAGGACCUGUCGCAGGAGGUGACGCGGAUCCGGAGGCUGAAGGCCCCGGACGGAGUGCUGAAGCGGGGGACCGCCGCGGAGCAGAGACAGGUGGUCCACUACGUCCCCUACCAGAUGUAUGAGGACUCCCCGGAGGAGCUCGCCGGGGCGGCCCUCGCCGACGUGCCGCGGGAGGUCGUCGGCUACUACCAGGGGCUGAAGAUAGACCCCUUCGGGCUCGAGCGCUUCGAGGACGACGCGGGGGGAGUCCCUGGAGAAGUAUCUGCCCGUCGAGGUGGCGGAGACGGCCCCCGGCGGCCGGUCGCGGACCAGGACUUGAAUUCCACGAGGACCUCCACGCGCAUGGGUGAUGGGAGCCACGACCGCGGGCCCGUGGGGGGCUUGCGGUCCGCGACGCGGACCAACACGCGGGCCAACACGCGGUCCAACACGCGGACCGCGACGCGGUCCAACACGCGGACCGCGACGCGGUCCAUGACGGCGACGAAGAGCACCGUCGGCGGCGAGAGCUUGGCCUCGGACGGGUCCAUGGGCAAGUACCUCUCGGGCAUGGUGGGAACCGAGGCCCAGAGCGAGAUCAAGAUGAGGGAGAAGCGGAAGCAGCCCGCCAUGCUCCUGGACCUGAAGGGGCACCUGAUCAAGGGCGGCAUCGACCUGGGGUACUCCAAGAACUCCGUCCUGCGUGCGCUCCAGGAGAGGGCCUGCCAGCCGCCACCCUGGACGUGCUCGUGGACAACGUCAUGCGGGGCCGUGCGGCCUCUGGCCACGGCCGCGCUCCGCCCUACCGCGCGGCUGCCAAGCAGGCCCUGCCAUUCUACCAACCCGCCGCCUUGCCUGGCCAGGUGGAGGAGCACAGCACGAUGGCGGCGUCGCGGGCCACGACGAUCUCGCGCCAGGGGUCGGACGCCUUCGCGAAGCGGAGCGUCUUGCUCAAGAAGUCGAACAGCCGGACCGACGACUGGGAACCCGACGACAAAGACACCGAGCGGGGCAGCGUGCCGCCAGCCACGGGCCACCGGGACAGCGCCCAGAACUCGCGGCGGGGUUCCUUGGCCUCGGAGCGGAGCAAGGGCAGCCGCGAGGAGCUCGCCCGCCCCCCGGGGGCCAGGACGCGCAGCUGGCGGCGCAGGCGCUGCUCCGGGCCGCGGGCGCGGCCGGGGGCGCCGGGGCGCCCGCGCCGCCGCUGGAGGCAAGCGCUGCUCCCGGCGGGACGAUCAAGGGCAUCCUCAGCAGGAGAAGAACACGAAGCACUUCGAGGAGCACGGCGAGGAGGACCACCAGAAGUACCGGGCCUUCAGCAGGAAGGGCACCCGCUUCGCGGAGGACUUGGUGGAGCAGGUGGAGGGGGAUCCGCAGCGCCCCAGCGGCGCUGGUGGACUCAGCAGGACGACCUCCAAGUCCGCACGCCUCGGCGAGAGCAGGGCCACCUGCAGCAUCUGCCUCGAGCAGCGCGUGGCCACGCAGCUGCAGCCGUGCGGGCACGCGCUGGCCUGCGAAGCCUGCGCUCCCAAGCUCGGCGCCACCUGCCCGCUCUGCCAGAGCGCCGUCCGCGAGGUGGUGCCCUGGGCGCCCGCGCAGGAGGCGUGA